AGUGGACGCACGGGACGCGUCACGUCCCCAGUACUGGCUACGUUGCGGGAAGGGAAGUUGGCCCGGCGGCUGCUGGGCUUGGCUGCUGGGCGGAGGUGGUGGGCUAGCUUGGGUCCCUUGGAGGCCUCAGCGGGGCUCCAGUAACUACCUGGGUGGGCUGCCUGAGGAGAGAAGUGAAGUGUGGGAAACUUAGGGACCCUGUAGAAGCGCUAUGAAGGUUCAGAAGGUUGUGGUGCUCCCCUUGCUUGAAGUGCAGUGGGCAGUUCUUGAGCCCCCAAAUAAGCCUCAGAACCACCUUCAUUAGUUUUUGACCCCUCUUACCAAGGAUUGUGGCAGAAAGGAAGAUGUUACCAAGUAUUUCAGUGAAUUCCUCAAUGCAGGGGAACGGAGUGUUGAACUCCAGGGAUGCAGCAAGACACACAGCUGGAGCAAAACGCUACAAAUACCUGAGAAGAGUUUUUCGUUUUCGGCAGAUGGACUUUGAGUUUGCUGCAUGGCAGAUGCUCUACCUAUUUACUUCCCCACAGAGAGUUUACAGAAAUUUUCAUUAUCGAAAGCAGACAAAGGAUCAGUGGGCCAGAGAUGACCCUGCUUUCUUGGUCCUGUUAAGUAUUUGGCUCUGUGUGUCCACUAUAGGAUUUGGCUUUGUCCUGGACAUGGGAUUUUUUGAGACGAUAAAGCUGCUCCUUUGGGUUGUUUUCAUAGAUUGUGUAGGCGUUGGUCUUCUCAUAUCAACUUUAAUGUGGUUUAUCUCGAACAAGUACUUAGUGAAGCGGCAAAGCAGAGACUACGAUGUGGAGUGGGGUUAUGCCUUCGAUGUGCAUCUGAAUGCUUUUUAUCCUCUCUUAGUCAUUCUGCAUUUUAUCCAGCUCUUCUUCAUUAACCAUGUUAUCCUGACGGACACAUUUAUUGGCUAUUUUGUUGGAAAUACCUUGUGGUUGGUGGCAGUGGGCUAUUAUAUCUACGUAACCUUUCUAGGAUACAGUGCAUUGCCAUUUUUGAAAAAUACAGUAAUUCUUCUUUAUCCAUUUGCGCCUCUCAUUCUGCUCUACGGCCUGUCCCUGGCACUAGGAUGGAACUUCACCCACACACUGUGCUCCUUCUACAAGUACAGAGUAAAAUGAAGGCACUGGGAGACUAUGCCAUCUUACCUGUGCCAUAGGCAGAGUUGGUGAGGGGAUGAUUUCUUCCAAAACUUGUAAAUAAACUGUCUUUGUAGAUAUCUUCAGGGUGUAAAGUUCGCAAAUUUGAGUAAGUAUAUAAUGUUAACGCUAUUGUCAAAUACAUUCCUUAAAACUACUAAAAGGUACAUUUCUAUAAUAAAUAUUUUCUAAAGAAAAAUCAUUUGGAGAACUUGAUAAUCAGUUCCUGACAAGGUUCAUAGUCUGGCCUCAUUUCUAAUGGCUGUAUUUUCAACAUUUGCCUAGUACAACAUUCACAAGCCUCCCUGACCUGUAAUGUAACUCAAAGACGAAUCACUGCACUACAGACCAUAAGAUCAUUUACAUUUUUCUAUACAAAGGAAAUGCCAAACAAAAUAUCUUCAGUUGAACAGGCUACUGCCACGGGCAUAAUAGACAAGUGAACACUUGCAUAACACUGGUCAUCCCUGUCUCAACAUGAAGGCUCUUUUUCUUUCUUUGAAGACCUCUCCAAAACCCACAUAACUAGAAAUAGUUGUAAGUAAACUUUAUCAGUGUUGAAGCUAGUAAUAACAAAACUUGCUAUUCAUUAAGUUUUACCUAUUUUUAUUAGAAGGAAUCUUGAAUUCAACAUGGCUUCUUAAACAUCUUUAUUCCAAACACAUGAACGGUUGUGGCACAGAGAAACAGUAAUGAAAGGCACAGUCAACAGAACCAGUUAAUAGGUUUUCAAUUAUAGCAGCAAAUUUGGAAAUAAUCUUCCUUUAAAAAUCUUAACAGGUACCUAAAAUAUUACUACAGAUAUUACCCAUUCACCCAAUGAAAACAUUUUAAGGAAAAUAUGUACAAUACAUUUAAGGAGAAAAAAAAAUCUGGUACAGCCUGGAAAAGCAAUUCCUCAGGUACCUUCUCUAAGGGGUGCUUCCAGAAACGUCUAUGACCUUUCCAAACAGUGUUUUUGAUGAGAAACACAUUAGUUUUUCAUUUCAUAAAUGAAACAAAAUUGUUACGUUCAGUCAGCUGAUUUCUAAAUCUUUCUUAGAAAACAUCACUUUCUUUACUGAAAUGAAAAGUAUCAAAGCUGCUGGCAGUGCAUCUUACAGUACUGUCGAUAUCAGCCAUUUUUAAGGCUCAGAGAAUAGGUCUUCUAAAGGUAUUUUCACCCAAUUUCAGCAAACCGAGCAUUUCAAAUAAUGGAAGGCUCAUCACACUAAAGAACCGAACCUUCGACUCCGGAGGGAUUUGCUAAUUACUAAUACCAAGAAACAACUAGGAGCAAGUGAUAUAUAAAGUAGCCUCCCUAAUGUUCAAGAGUAUCAUUAAAUAUUCCCCACAACAAACAAUCCUUAUUUGGAAAACAAUUUUAGCACCACUAUUCACAUUUUUACAGCAGUGUGAACACUAGGAAUGAUACUUUGCACAAAGUGCUUUCAAUACCUAGCUUACUUUCUUGAACGUCUUCUGAAUUCUUAACACACACACACAAACACACACACACACAAGUGCCAGCUCUUUCCCAUUUGUUUCCUUGAACAUCAUCUAAUUAGUGCCCAAAAGAGGUGGAGUGUUUCAGGCAAGAAGAGUUUACAUAUAGGUACUGGUGAUAGGGAUAUAUAUAACAAAUCUUUUUUUUUUUUUUUUUAAAUACUGUCGUUGUAGUCUUUUUAGCAUUGUGUGUUCACAUGCAUUAAAGAAAUAAAGCGUUCUAGUUAUGGCAUCUAUCAAGAUUAAUAAUUAAAAUUGUACAGCUAUCAAAUUUAACACUAUAAUGCUACACAGCUUGGAAAAGUUUCCUUUUCUAUAAAAGAAAGAGCUGGGAUAUCUGGGUUCCUCUAGAACACAAAGAUUAUUAGGACUCCAAUUUCUGACUUUCUGACAGUCUUAGCCUCUCAUUUUCUUCCCUUUAGCUCUGUUGUUCUUCUAUCAAGGGUAUGGUGAUAUAGUAAAAAUAAGCACAAAAAUUAAUGUACAAAACCAAAAUUACAAGCUUCAAUAGCAAUUAAUGGCUUGGAAGCAGAGAGGUAUUUUAGAAAAUACCUGCAAAGUACAAAAAUUUGGGUGGCACAUAUAGGAUUUGAUCUGUGCUUAUACAAUAAAGUAAGUUUGGGGUUAAAAAAAAAAGUUUGUUCAAUGCCGAGUAGAUUAUCUUUCUGUGUAAAGGCAGAGUUUUUUUUUUCUCUCCUAAUAUUUAAAAUACCACUGUUCAUGAUUCUUAAAUAAUACACUGAACAGGCUCAGAGCAGAAAAAUCACAAAUACAUACCUCUCCCAGGAAGAAGAUUCCAUAUACCAUAGGUCCUCCUUCUGGAAUGAGAACAAUCCUGUCCUAGCAGGGUUUUUUGUUUUUAUUUUUGUUUUAGAAAACAUUGCUUAGGUACUCUAAGUUUUUGGCAACAAACUUUCAAUCAAGACUACUAGAGAUUCUCAGGCAGAGAAACCCCAGAGGCAGCCCAGCUGUAAGUUUGCUAGUGUAAGACUUGACUCACGUGGUUAUGAAAAUCUCCCAACUCCAGAGAAUCAAGUAUGAAGACUUUUCCUCCUCACCUCUUUUAAAUACUGUAUUCAUUCUCUGUUGCUGCAUAACAAAUCACCACGAAUUCAGAGGCUUAAAACAAUGCCUAUUUAUUAUCUCACAGUUCUGCAGGCCAGAAGUCAGGGCGGGCUUGAUUCAAGUUCUCUGCAUGGGGUCUCACAAGGCUGGAGUCAUGGGGUGGGCGGAGCUGGGCUCUCAUCUGCUGGAGAAGACUCUAGCUGCAAGCUUACUUGGUUCAUUAACUGAUGGAGUUCCUGUGUUGGUAGGGCUGUAGUUCCGGUUCCUGUGGCUGUCGAUGGAGGCCUCUCUCAGCUCCUGACAGGCAACUGCAUUACUUCUCCUGUGGCCCCUCCAUCUUACAUAAGCGGUGGUGCCUUGAGUCCUUCUGCUUUGAAUCUGACUUAUGCUACCAGCCUGAGAAAACCCUGCUCACACAGUUAGAUUAGCUGAACGUGAUUAUGGGUGAUAUUCAUGGCUUCCACCCACACACAAAGAGGGAGGACAGCAUCUACGGUACCUGAGGGUCAUCUGCAGAAUUUUGGCUAGUACAAACAGUGCCACUAAUGAGAGCAAUCGUGCCAAACAUGCUGUUUCCACAUUAACCAAACUUGCCUUUGAGGACAGUACUGAUGGGAGACCGCCUUUUGGUGACAGUAACAAAUUAAAAAGCCUUCAGAACUUGCUGAAGGUUUUGAAAUAAAGACACCUGAUCACUUACUGAUGCAACCAGUGACCUGAAAAGCCAUACGUUUUCCAGAGACCUCUCCAUGGUUGAAUUAACACACACAUUUCUACAGCCUGCCUGCUGAAUCAUCCAACACACACUCACUUUUUCCAGAGCUUUUCAAUCUCACUGCCUGAAACCCUGUUCUCAUCUGACUACACAGUAGGGCCUCCGCACGUGCUGGAAAGAGCACGUGAGACUUAAGAGCAGAGAACUCAGAAAUCUGGGGUCUCAGAAUCCCGGAAACAGUCCUUAACCUUUUUGACUAUGAUACUCGUCUGCACUGUGAUAUAUUCUGCACGUCUGCUUUUAUCCUCGUAGUCAGAAUUCAUUCCUCUGGUUUUGCAAGUGUUCGCAUUAGCACUCCUGACACAGUGCUGUCCCAACAGAACUUUCUGCAGUGAUAGAAGGCUAUCUGUGCUGUCCAGUCAGGGGCCACGAGCCACAUGUGGCUAAUGAGCACCUGAACGUAGCUAGUGUGACUGAGGCGCUAAAGAUCUUAUUAAUUUAAAUUUACACACCCACUGUGUGUCUACUGGCAACUGCUCAGGACAGCACAGCUCUAGAGUCUCAACAGUUUACAUGAAAUGCAUACCAGAUGCAAACCAGGUUUAUCUCUAUAUGUUAAUAAUUAAAUACUGGACACCAGAGGACAGUGUCCCCACUCACUAUUCAGAUACAAGUGGUUCAGUGUCCUCUCGAGGCCAAGUACAUAUCCUUCCCUCAGUCCCAGGUACUCUUCACCCCCUCCACUGUUCUGUCCCCAGACUUCACUCCCCAACUCCUCUCCAGAGUUAGCCUACAGCGUCUUGCUUAAGGAAAGCAGGGCUGUUUCUCAUGGCCUCAGGAGGAAGUGGGGGCAGGGAAAGACCAACAAGGAGAUGAUCGGAGCACAGGAAGGAUGAGUUACAGGCCUGCCUGGAAGCCUGACAGGUGGGAGAACGUGUGCGCACACAUAACACUCGCCAGGAACUACCAAAAACUCAACAGCUGAGUGUGUAUGUAUGUAAGUGUAAGGCAAGCAACGUAGAUAAAGGGAGUUA